AGUUUAAAGUGAAUGGGUAUUAAAGACGGAGAGCAGCUCAACCUGCCCCUGUAGGAACAGCACAAUGUGAGCGUCUUACAGCAAGCUGUCAACGGAGGAUUGCAUUUCGGUGGUGAUAUAUUUGGGUGAAGCGAAAAGAGAGAAGGGUGAAAAUACUGGCGUGAGCCUUGGACGUUUGUGAGGAGCUGAGAUGAUAUCUGGGAGUGCAUAUGUCCAUGCUGUGUUUCUUGUGCAGUUUGUGGAGGACACAAGCAACGGAGAGGCAGAGAAGAGGAUGUGUCAACACAGUAAAGGGAAACACAUUGUGAAGCAGAGGAAGUGAUGUCUGAGGUUGAAACUGUGCUCUGCUAGCUUCACACGUCUGCACGUCAUCGCUGGCUUGUACAUAUACACACACACACACACACAGAGCCCCGCAGACCUCAGCUGAGGAUGUGCACUAGAUGAAGACAGACAGAGGACAUGGAGAGGAAGGACACGAGGGAAUGAGCGCAGAAAAUCAUUUCAAAAGGAAUACAGAGGAGGAUGCAGCCGGGGUCUCUGAAGGGCACAGAGCUUGUGGUCAGCCGUGAACAGAGAGUCACAACGAGGCGUACCUGACUGGGAAUCCAAUUUCAGUCAGUCCACAUGCCAUUAUAGUCAUCCUAUAACAGUAAUGAUGAGAGUAAUCCUGUAUGUUAGAACUUAAGAUGUUUACAGAGAGAUUGAAAUCAUCUCUGGAGCCUGUGCAGCUGUUAUUUUAUUCCAAGGCAGAAGGUUGCGCUCAGCAUUCGGAAUAUUUUAGUGAAUGAGGAAUACAUUGACCGGAGCAGCGCUGGGUAAUUUUACUGUUCAUGGCUAGAACAGAAACAUUUAUGUUGGUCACUUGAGUUCCCCAAAAACUCCUUAUUCACACAGAUGCAGUUCUUUGGUGGGGAGGUGUAACAAAAGGGGCAAGGGCAACUGAAAAGCGAGAACUUCCCACAUCUUCAAAUCAUGCAAUCAGACGAUCUCUUCAUCCGCAAGUUCCGCAGGCAGAGCCCACGCCCGACACUAGCGAGAGUGAACUUUGACCCUAAGCAGGAUGGUGGUAGUGUACGUACACGAGUCCUGGCAGAAUGGCCCCCUAGGAGAGAGGGAGAGGGAACAAACAGCGAGACUGUCUCCCCCAGCACAGCUGCACUGAAUCUGAGGACAGUAGGUCGUGGACAUAUAAUGCAGCGCAGCAACAGUGAUGUCACCCUUGGAGAUAUGGAUUCAGUGGGGCAAGUCGGGAGGAAGUUGCUACGAGUAGGGGGCGACAAAUCUGGGACUGUGGGGCCAGGCGAGUUCCUCCACCGAGAGUACGGUAGCCUGUCCUCGCUAGAAAGACAAACCCAGAUUGUAGACCCCGGUUCGGAAGAUCAAGGUGUUCUCAGUCCCAGUGCCUUGCGCUUCAGAGAUCCGUUUGUUCUGCUGGGUCUGCAAGAGGCACCUCCUGAGGUGGACGGCGUGUAUCAAGGAAACUGUGCUCCAGCCGCAGACACAUCAAAACCAGUCAAGCCCCCAAAACCAGAGGGGCUUGGUAAGAAGGCUAAAUCGUCCCCUCCGCAGGCCCCUCAGUUUUCCUGUGACCAAGUCCCAGGUGGUGCUUGGGUGCGCAAUUUUGCACACUAUGAUGUACAGAGCAUCCUCUUUGACCUGUCGGAGGCUGCGACCAAUCGGGACAGCAUCGGGCGCAAGAAAAACAUCACGUCCGGAGCGUCAGCUGCCUCUCAGCUCCGUCCGCUUUCACAAUCCACACCUUCCUCAGUUUCUCAGGGCAGCUUGGGAAGCGGGACUGGCUCGGAAGAUUUAGAGCAGUCCUUGCUCGAUGAAGGAGAUGGGAACGAUAAUGAUCUCCUGCUCAGCUGUCCUCACUUUCGGAAUGAGAUGGGUGGCGAGGAGAGUGUGGGGCUCUGCCUGCCGCGGGCCGCCAGGCACAGGUGGAGGAGUCUUCAGAGUCCCAACAAUGCUGUGUCCGUGUUAGAGGAGCCCAGAGAAAGCCAUGUCCAGGCACAGGGGAAAAGUAACUACUUCAUAGAGCAUGCAGACCUUGGAGCUCGAUACUAUCACAAGUACUUUUACAUGAAAGACCAUCAGAAUUUCUUUGGCAUGGACGAGCGUUUGGGGCCGGUGGCCGUCAGUUUCCGCAGGGAGGAAAAGGAGGGAUCAAGUGGGUCCCAGUACAACUACAGAAUCAUUUUCAGGACCACUGAACUGAAGACCCUGAGAGGUUCGAUCCUGGAGGAGUCUGUUCCCUCCGCAGCGCGCCACACCACGCCACGCGGCCUUUCACCCAAGAGACUGCUGGAGUUUAUUUUGCCCGAUCUCAACCUACAUUGCCUCAGACUAGCCUCAACAUCCCCUAAAGUCAGAGACACGCUCCUCAAACUGGAUGAGCAGGGGUUGAAUUUCCAGCAUAAGGUGGGCAUUAUGUACUGCAGAGCAGGACAGAGUACUGAAGAGGAUAUGUAUAACAAUGAGAGCGCCGGACCAGAGUUCGAUGAGUUUCUGGACCUUCUUGGAGAGCGAGUACGACUCAAGGGCUGGGAGAAAUACAGAGCUCAACUAGACACCAAAACUGACUCGACUGGUACACACUCACUGUAUACUCGCUACCAGGAUUACGAGGUUAUGUUCCAUGUCUCCACCAUGCUUCCAUACACAGCCAACAAUACACAACAGUUACUGAGGAAGAGACACAUAGGGAAUGAUAUCAUCACUAUAGUCUUCCAGGAGCCAGGUGCUUUACCCUUCACCCCCAAAGCCAUCCGUUCUCACUUUCAGCAUGUGUUCAUCAUUGUCCGAGUACAUGAGCCCUGCACCGAAAACACCUAUUACAGAGUUGCAGUAACUCGUUCCAAGGACAUCCCUCUCUUUGGUCCUCUCUUCCCUAAAGGUGCACGCUUCCCACGUUCUCCUGCCUUCCGGGACUUUCUCCUCGCCAAAGCCAUUAAUGCAGAGAAUGCGGCAGAGAAAUCAGAGAAAUUUCGCUCUAUGGCCACACGUACGAGACAGGAGUACCUGAAAGACCUGGCGGAGAACUACGUCACCACAACGCCCAUUGAUUCUUCCACCAAAUUCCCCUUGCUGUCGCUGGGUGGGAAGCGCAAAGAGAAGCUGAAGGGAGCGAAAGGUGCGGAGCUCCACAGCGCAGGAGCUUUAGUGUGGGCCGUCACCGUCGUUCAGGGCGGCGAGAACAACGGUCUGAGCCUGUCCUGUCUGCUCGGUGUGUCAGCGGAGUCGGUCGUGCUAAUAGAGCGAUCCACGCGAACCGUCAUAUUCAACUGCAGCUGCCGCGAUGUGAUCGGCUGGAAGGCCGUGACUGAGUCUGGAGCUCAGGGUGGCCCUUCCCUGGACAUCUUCUACGAGAGAGGCGAGGCGAUUACUCUCACGAUGUCGGAAAGCCAAGUUGAGGAUAUUAAGGAGGUCGUCCAAAGGCUGGAGCUGGUGACUCGAGGCUGUGAGGCACGUGAGGUCAUUCCCCUGCGGGACGGCGUCGGCCAGCCGGGCUUCCUGAUGAGCGAGGAAGGAUUUGUAACAGAGCUCCAGCGGUUCGGAUACGCGGAGAGCGGUGGGCUGCAGAUGGGGGCUCGUGUGGUUCGUCUCUGUGGGCAGGUCCUGGUGCACCUCAGCCUGGAAGAGCGGAGCCGACUCCUCCGUACGGCUCAAAAGAUCCACAUCACAGUCAUACCUCCAGACGAGAACGGAAAACCACGCAGGAGUUUCUCUGAGCUUUACCAGAAGGCCAUCCAGGAUGCGGAGAGCAAAUCCGGAGAGGGACAGUCAGGCGAGGCCUGGGUUCUGGAUGACGACGACGAUGAAGUUGAUGGCGGUGGAGGGGACAAAGAGGAGAAGAAACAGAUUGAAAAUAAGAUGACAGACAGUGAAACUCUAAAGCAGGAGAUUGGAUUUCCAGAGCCCAUGGAAACUGAUUCGCUGCUCUCUCCACCCAGUCUGCCUCUCUUACGGGCCACUUCCCUGCAGGACAACAUGAAGAACCAGAGCCCUGAAGACACCCCCGUCUCUCUCACACGGAGCUACUCGCUAGAAGCACACGCUCCGUACCAGGACAUCAUCGAAGAGCAUGUGUAUGAUAACGUGGGGCAGAAAGCAAACAGGCACAUCUAUGAAAACCCUUCAGAGCUUUGGGGCGAGACCCCUGACCUCAUUCUGGCAGUCAAACCCAAAGUGCCUCUGGAGCAAGAGGAACAGUCUGUGUGUGAUCUGGGGCCUGAGGAGACGCCGUCGGUCAGUGAUGUGACCAUGAGGUCCUCCUGCAUGGAAAGUGCAGAAAGAAACUCCAGAGCCCUGAGCCUCCAUAACUCUAUCACCAAAAUUCUCUCAGAGACCACAGAUUCGUCUGAGGAAGAGUGGCAGUCGAUCUCUGAUCUGGCCAACGCCUGUCGGAACAUUCUGGAGGCUUUGUCUCGAGAAGACCGGAAGUCAGGAGAUGGAUCACAAGCAUCCCCAGACAACCAGUCAGGUCAGACAGACACCCGGUUUAAAGACGUCAAGGACAGUGACUCGCCUGGUCACCUUGAGGAGAAAGUGUCCCAGCUAGAAGCCAUGCUGAAGCGCCUGCAGGACGACCUCCAAAAGUCCUUGCCCUCUUCGCUUCUUCAAAGAGCCACUGCUACUUCACAGAGCCAAUCACACAGAGGGACUGUAGAGGUAGGGCGGGACAAGCAAAAGAAACCUGUCUUGUCAUUGAGCAGGGUGAACAGAGGAGAUGAGAAGAUUGCUGGAGGGACAAGCCAUGCUCACUCUCAACACUAACCCACCAAUGGCAGUUAAGGAGAAAGAGGACAAGGCAAUGCUUCAAGCAGAGGUGCAAAGUCUCAGGCAGAACAACCAGCGCUUGCAGGAAGAGUCCCAGAGCACCGUGUCACGGCUCAUUAAAGUCACCGAACUGCUCUGCAACGUCAACAAACCCUGCUAGCAUCGAAGGCUAAACCAUGGCAGCAAGAAAGAUCAGAAGACGCAUGAAAAGGCCAAUGAAAAUGUUAGCAAAUCCCUAAAAAAUGUAUCUUAAGUGACAAGAACAUUGAUGAGCCUUACUAGAAAAAUGCACGAAACGAACUGAUCAGCUAAGUUCAUUCUUACUCAAAUAAAUCUUACUAUUAGAGUCAUCUCGGUUGCACCCUAAAAAGUUUUCAGGGCUAGAUUUAACAUUGUCCCAUCACUGUGACAGCUCGUUAACAACGAUAGCCAGGUGCAAGAUCCGAUCUCGUAGAAAACUCUUAAUCAAAAUUGGCUAAAAGAGACUUUGGAAAACAUUUAGUGACAAUAAAUGUUCAAAAUCAUAUUAUCUUUAAAUAUUUUUCAUCCGAUUCUUAUAUAGUGACAUACAUGGUCCCAAACAAAAGAUUGUGUCCAGAUCCUGAGCAAUGCAUUCUAGAGAACUUAUUGGUGUUGAUAUAGGUGGCUUCAUGUACUUCAGUGUAUAUAUUAGAGGAAAAUUAUUAACAUGUCAGUGUAAUUGUAACCCUGUAUUAAACAUCACAGUAUCAGAAAUAGACAGAGCCCUUUUCUGUGCUGGCAGUUGGUUAAAAGCUUCUUGCUCAUCUCCAGAGUGAAUGUGCUAACGUUACAACACCACGAGCAAAAUCAUCAAAUUUGUGCAAUUUGGUAAACUAGUUUUUGUUUUUGUUGUUGUUUGUGACUACCCUUGUGAAAAAGAAGUGCACUUGAUUGUAUUGAAUGUGCACUUGUAGUGUACUUCAAAUCUUAAAAAAAGUACAUUUUUAAAAAACUUGAAUUGCAGAUAAUAUAAUAUUAAUGAAAUAAAAAGGUACUGUAAGAGACACUUUCUUGACUAUAUUUCUUAAUACACUUAAGUACACUUUUAAAAAGUUAUAAUAAAGUCAAUUUAAGUUUUCAUUUAAAGUAUAUUUUAAAUCAGUUUAAAUCAUUUUUGUUGUACUUUAAAGAAGUACGCUUAUUUUGAUGUGUUUAUUAAUAUACUAAAGCACAUGCAAAGCACUUAAUUAUAAUUUUAACCAUAGUGUGUUAUUCAGUAUUACAUUUAAAGUUAAUAAAUAUUAAAAGCCCUAAUUUACAGAUGCGUAAUAAAAAAAUAUAUAAGUUUCAUUAGAAAUUACACAAUAUUUUAGUUUAUCAUAAAUGCUUGUCGGUACAUAUCUUCUGUACUAACAAAGACAAUAGAAUUAAGUUAGAAAUCCUACUUAAGUGGGUCGGAAAGGCACUGCUUUUGGCCUUUUGUAUAAAUUAACUGCAAUUGCUUUAAUUAUAAUAUUAAUUUAAACUAUUUUCAUUUAAUUGCAAUUAAUAAUUUAAUUAAAAUUAACACUUAAGUUUAUUCGUUUUAAGCGUAUGAUUUCUGUAAUGAUAUUUUAUAAAAGUGUACGUCUUUUUCACAAGUGUACAAAAUGCGAGGCCAUGCAAAAUGACUUUCUGUGGUAAUUGAAUGUUUUUUGUUUUAGAAAACUAUUGCUUUGUUUUGUUGAAAUUUUUAGUUUAAAAUUAAUUCCUGCUUCAAAUGCACUGGAAUAAUUCACUGGACUUGUUUUGUAUAUUUUAUGAUUAUUACACAUACCCGGGGGGAUGCUAGUUUUCAGAUUAGCCUUUUCAGAGUUGAAGAACUGUCCAAUCGGAAAUAAGUAAUGGGACAAAGUGUAUGCCGUGAUAUUUUUUUUUUUGAAUCUGAACAGCUCUUGAUUUGCGAGGAAAAAAGUUCUUAGUGUUAAGUUACUAAGGAAAGGAUGACUUAAAAUAGAGCAUUUCUAUUUAUGAAGACUGCAACCAAUUUGAUUCAAGUGUUCUCACAACAAUUAAAGAGACAAACCAGACCAGUUCUACUUUGUUCUCACACAAAUUUCCAAGAGUGCUUUAUGUUAAACUGUGAGACAGCACAUGUUUAUAAAACUGUCUUUUAUUUUCAUAUGUGCACCCAAAUAUCACUCUUUACCUCACCUAAAGGUGCACUGAUAAUGUGACGAGAAGAAGAGCAAAAUGACUGGACUCUUGCCUGCACACACACACACACCAAACAUGCCAGACUUGAGCACCACCGCAAAGGGAAACGAAAUGUUAAAUAACCAUUCUUCAGCAUUACUGUACAUCAUCCAUGUCCUCUCCCCUUCAAAUGCUUUUAUUUUAGAGUCACUGUGAUAACCUGGUACCAGCAGAUUCUGAUGUGUUACCAUGAAAUCUAUAUCUUUAUUCUUCUGUAGAGACAAAGUAAGUGUUACUUCCCUCUGAUGUGUGUAAAACGGAGUUUGCUGAUUAGUUGUUGCCAUUAGUGGAGAACGUGUUGAGUUUGAAGAAUGCAAGCGGACAGGAAGUACACUGAUGCAAUCGGUAAUGCAUUCUGUGGGAUUUACUUAGCUAAAGAGCAAUGUAAAAGAACUACUUCCUGUUUAUCUGUGUGCGACAUAGUCUUUUAGAUCGUAGGAGGCUGUGAACGAGCAAUUUCCAAGCCACCUUCUGUAUCUGUGUAUGUAUUUAUAAAAAUGUAAUAACUUAUUAAUCUUAAAAAAAAUGUGGAUGUUAUUGCUAGAUAUGUAUAUUUGAACUGGAAGGGAUGCAAAUUUGUGAGCCAAUGAAUGUUUUAUUUUUUAUGUUAUUUUAAAUUGUAAUAAUAUUAAGGCAUGACAUGAUAGCAGGUGGCCAUAUUUUGUUUUACUGGAAUAAUAUCAAUCGUUAAGACAUUUUCCUGGGUGGAAAACUCCUGAAAUUACACUGGAAGGGAACUCAACCGUGGCUGCUUGGAAACUUAUGUAACAUUCCAUCUUUUCAUGUUCUUAAGAGUUUUAUCAUUAUUUGUUUUUGUUUUCAUUAUUAUCGUUAAAGCUGUAUUGUGAAUUUACCUUGUGUUCGAUGCUGAAAUGUUAACUCUUGACUGCUGUUGGUGACCCAAGUGGUUUUCUAGUUAAAAAUAACUUUCGUUGUUAUUUAUGGAUUGGAUCGGGACACUCCAUCAGCAAAACCUUUCUGAAAAAAAAGAAGAAGAAGAAAAAAAAAAUGAAUGCAUUUAGACUAAAUUACUUUCAAACACAUCUGUGAUUAAAUGUAUUUUAAAGGGACAGGUUUGUUAAUGUCAAACUAAUCCCUGUCUUUUUUAUGCUAUGAUGUUUUAUGAAGCCAUAAAUGCUUUUCGACAUAUAGUAAUGCUUUAUGUUACAGUUCAGUUUUACUGUUGUUUACAAGAUGUCGGUCCUUUUGUUUUAAAAGUGAUGCUUAUAUUAUGCACUGAAGCAUCUGUAAGGUCUUUUAAAGCACGUCCUGCUUUCUCUGGAACAAAGCCACAGUCAAAUUUAGCAAAUCAUGCAGAUGAACGGUCAAAUGUUGCAUCGUUUCACUACGACUGUGGCAUUUGCAGAUUGUGCAUUUAAAAGCGUCUUACAGAAAAUCCAAACCACUCCUAAGAAUGUGCAUUUUCCACUUUGUUAGCGAUCAUUCUUAGAUGUGUUGCUCUUUUUUAUGUCAUGUUGCUAGCCAUGUCAUGCCCGAGGACAGAUUUACAAAUUAAGCUUAGUCCCUGUUAGUACAGUAGCUACUGUUAUGUCAAUGACUGUUCUAAAUUGCCAAAUCUGCCAAUAAUAGCAUUGUAUCUUACCGAUCCCAUAAAUGAUCAGCUCCCAGAACAGAAUCAGUAGUUAGCAGGCACUUUUCAUAAAUAAGUAUUAUUACAUAAAACAGAAAACCACAGAUCCACACACUAUGCACACUGGUCUACGACAUCGGGAGAGAAUUAUGACUGGACCGACAGGAAUAAUCCAUCCAGUCAAAACACACUGAGAAAUGGUAUGGCGAUCACUGGAGCUGUACUCGUUUCUUUUAACUGAUAGGGAUUGAUCAUGUAAUGCAUCUGUGAAACUGAGGGAUCCUGGCAAUAAAAACUGAACUUGUUUCUGUAUGA